AAAAUUCAUCGCAUGGAAACAAUGAUAGGAACUGAACGAAUGUGACAGUUCUUGUGAUAGUGACGUUUGACGACGAUUCAAAGUUGAUUUUGAAAGAACUGCUCUCGGUUGUUUACUAAAGGUGGAUUUGUGUUCUACAGGGAAAUGGACGGGGAAGAGCAAAUGGACGGUGAACCAGCAAAUCGGCACGUUGUGCUGCAGAUACAGACUGCUUCGCAGUUUAACCCCGCAGCGUACAAUCUCCCGCAGUUCAAAUUCAAGCAUUUGCCGAUGCAGGAAGUGCGAAAUGCUUGGAGCUUGUGGAUCCGUGGGUUCGAGCGAGUCAUGGCGGCGUCCGGAAUAACGGCCCCUCGCGAUAAGAAGAUCCAGCUGCUAGCCAUGGGAGGUCUCGAGCUGCAAUGUGUAUUCGAUAGCAUUCCUGGUGCUGAUGUGGAAGACGAAGAUGUGCCGGACUCGUACGCGGUUGCGAAAGAGAAGUUGAAUAAUCACUUCGCCCCGAAGCGACACGACAGUUUUGAAAGAUACUUGUUUUGGACGAUGAAGCCGCUAGACGACGAGCCGAUUGAGAAGUUUGUGGAAAGAGUACAGCUUAAAUCGGAUAGGUGCUCUUUUGGCAGCUCGGUCCUGGAGAGUCGGCAGAUAGCCGCUGUGGACAAAAUCAUUCAACACGCCCCCGAGAACCUCCGAGAAAAACUGCUGGCCAGAGAAGAUCUAACCUUAGACGAUUGCGUCAAGAUCGUGAAUUCCCAUCAAGCUGUAAAGUAUCAAGCAUCAAGGAUGAACCAAAACUCGACAACGGAAACAUCAAACGUUCAGCGACUCUUCAACGAACAAUCAAAACGAUCGGCUCCAAUCUCAAGGUCAGGUCGGCAAGAUCUCAACCGCCGCUGUAACAGAUGUGGCUACGAUCAACAUCCCGAGAACGGACAGUGCCCUGCAGCGAAUCAAAUUUGUUUGAGAUGCCAUGGUGUUGGCCAUUUCAAGUCAGUCUGUCGUUCAAACCAAGCGGCUAAAAGACGACUACUUCCCAGCUCGUCUCACCAACACCAACCGUUCAAGCGAUCGAGAAACGUCAUGAAAAUUGAUACGAAGGAAAACAUCGAAGAAGAAGAAAACGAAGAGGUUCCGGCUUACAGUGUUGGUGAUGCCGACGAACUCAUCGACUGCUGCGUUGGGGGAGUGAACAUUGAAAUGCUGAUUGAUUCAGGAUCGAAGUACAACCUGAUCGACGACACAACCUGGAGGCUCAUGCGUGUACAGAAUGUGAAGGUCCAGAAUCUGCGAAUUGAUCGAAGCAAAACGUUCCUGGCCUAUGGAAGGGUUCCCUUGAACCUGUUGGCAGUUUUUGACGCGGAAAUUCGACUUGUUGGUUCAUGCCAAACUGUGGCAGCUAACGCAACGUUUUAUGUGAUCGAAAAAGGCCAACAGCCGCUGCUUGGAAAGAUCACAGCUCAACAGCUUGGAGUAUUACGUGUCGGGUUACCCAGCUGUCAGCAAGAUAUCUGUAACAUGACUACAACGAGCAAUCCGUUCCCGCACGUUCGUAACGUUGAACUCGCCAUCCCGAUCGACAGGAGUGUUCCGCCGGUCAUUCAACCCUUACGGCGAUGUCCGAUUCCACUGUUGGAAAAGGUGAAAGCUAAACUGGACGAUUUGCUGAUACGGGAUAUAAUCGAGCGCGUGGAGCGGCCAACGUCGUGGGUGUCGCCUCUUGUACCGAUACUAAAGGACAAUGGAGAUCUACGACUCUGCAUCGACAUGCGACGGGCGAACAAAGCGAUUCAACGUUUAAAUCAUCCGCUGCCAGUGUUCGAAGAAAUUCUUCCUCGAAUUCGAAACGCCAAGUUCUUUUCGCUGUUGGACAUGAAGGAGUCUUACUACCACGUGAUGCUUGCCGAGGACUGCAGGGAUAUAACAACGUUCAUAACCAACUGGGGCUUGUACCGCUUUAAACGGUUGUUCUUCGGCAUAAACUGUGCGCCAGAGAUGUUUCAGAACUUGAUGGAAAGUCUUGUUCUCGCGGUGACUGGAAAUGUGGUCGGUUUCAUUGAUGAUUUUUUGGUGUUCGGAGAAACAGAAAAGGAGCACGAUGAAGCGUUAAAGGCGGUAAUCGAGCGGUUGAAUGCGUUGGGAAUUCAACUCAAUCAUCACAAGUGCAAGUUCAGGCAAACGGAGGUGAUCUUCUUGGGACACAAGCUUUCCGCACAGGGAGUGCGACCGUCGGACGACAAGGUGAUCUCGAUUUUGAACUGCCGUGUGCCUUCGACCAAAGAGGAGCUUCGGAGCUUCUUAGGUCUGGUAACCUUUGUGUCCCGAUUCAUACCCGAUCUGGCAACCGCUAACUCGCCGCUUCGUGAGCUGAUCAAACAGUCUGCUAAGUUCGAAUGGAACCGUUCUCACCAAGAAGCGUUCAACACGAUCAAAGAACGAAUCGGGUCAAUGAACUAUCUAGGCUAUUUCGACCCGAAGGACCGAACCUUGGUGGUAGCGGACGCAUCAGGAGUCGGAUUGGGAGCGGUAUUAAUCCAGUUCAAGGGACACCAGCCGCGAGUGAUCAGCUACGCCUCGAAGAGUCUGACGGAGACUGAAAAGAAGUACCCCCCCAUUGAGAAAGAAGCACUUGGCAUAGUAUGGGCUGUGGAAAGAUUCCGUAUUUAUUUGCUUGGGAUCACAUUUGAACUAGAAACUGAUCAUCGACCAUUGGAAAGCAUCUUCACCAGUACCUCGAGACCAACUCUCAGGAUCGAACGGUGGCUGUUACGACUCCAGGGCUUCAGAUUCGUCGUAGUCUACCGGAAGGGUUCCGCCAAUCUGGCCGACCCACUCUCUAGAAUGGCUUCCCAUGUCGAUGACAAGCAUUGGCAGGAGGAAUCUGAGGUUUACAUUCGUCGUGUCGUCUGUACGUUUCUUUCGACUCUAGGAAACGAUUCGCUCGAGGAAUUUGACGCAGAAACUGAACAGGUCAUCAGAUCGGUUCAGGUGGCAGCCGCCGUUGAUAUUUCCGAGGUGAUUGAAGCUACUAAAAGGGACGAAGAACUAUCAGCAGUGGUGGAAGCUAUUAUGACGUCGCAUUGGAACAGUCCGAAGGUUAAGGCGUUUGCUCCUUUCCAAAAUGAGUUGAGCUAUGCCUACGGGGUUGUGAUUCGCGGAGCCAAGCUUGUAAUUCCCAGCGUUCUUCGUUACAGAAUGUGCCAACUCGCGCACGAAGGUCAUCCUGGGCAAGAGGUGAUGAAGAGCCGAUUGCGCGAAAGGUGUUGGUGGCCACUGAUGGAUCGUCAAGCAGUCAAGGUCUGCGACAGCUGUGAGGGGUGCCGUCUGGUACAAGUAGAAGCGCCUCCGGAACCAAUGAAUCGACGUCCGAUGCCAGACAAACCAUGGGUCGAUUUGGCCAUCGACUUCUUAGGACCGAUGCCAACUGGGGAAUAUAUCCUGGUCGUUGUGGACUAUUACAGUCGCUACAUGGAGUUAGAAGUGAUGCAAAAGAUUACAGCCCAGGAGACAGAGUUGGACGAUUAUUUGAUACUCUACAACAACGCUCCGCACUGCGUCACCGGAAAGGCUCCUAGCGAACUCCUGCUAGGUCGAAAGUUACGCCACAAGAUUCCGCAAAUCGACGAUCUUAGCACACCAGUACUUGGUUCGGAUUUUCGCGAUCGAGACACACAGAGGAAGUUCGACGAUAAAACGCGAGAAGAUAUGAAACGUGGGUCAAAACUCAGCGAUAUCCAAGCAGGUGAUACGGUUCUGAUGAAAAAUCUCCACCCCCAAGAUAAACUCUCCACAAAUUUCGGCAAGGAGCAAUUUGUGGUGAAGGACAAGCGGGGUUCGAACGUGACAAUCCAAUCGAAGGACACGGACAAAUGCUAUGAUCGAAAUGUCUCACACCUAAAGAAGAUCGUAGAACCCGGACAGUCUGGAGACGACUCGGCGGAUAGCUCAGAAGAUCUGGAAGUACAACGGCCACUUCGUCAUGCGUUUGGUCAAGGGGAAUCGUCAUCAAAACAGCAAACGGAGGGAAGAUCAUCGGAAAUUAGAAGGUCCUCGCGCGUGGUGAAGCCGUCACUCCGGUACAGUCCGUAA